AUUGCAAGGAGUAAAGCCGCUCUGAUGAUCACGUCUCCUUACGCCCAAGUGAACGAGGACGUAGCCGAAAUCUUUACUGAAGUCAGUCAUUCUGGACGAAGACAAAGGGGGUCUACACCUGAGCAAAUAAGAGCAAAACGAAUGACAAACUGGAUACACCAUUUUACGAGAAAUUAUCACAAUAACUUCGCGUUUUUAAAUCUCUUACCGUUAUGGAUUUUCCUUAUUGACUUUUGGUCUGCGGCCAACGGAUGACUUGACAAUUCUGUCAAGUGACAGAGGUACCGCUUAAAUAUUUACAUAUUUACAUACCGUUGAUGUUUAUUAUACCAGCCGACACGCAUUUCGCGAUGGCAUGAGACGGCAGGCACUGCGCUUAAGUGCAGUAAGUCAACUUGAUCAUUUUGCUUGGGAAAACGGGCUGAGCCUACUGUCUCGGCGGCGCACGGCAUAGGCAACAUCAGAGAAUGACCAAAGACCCUAGUGUAAAGGAAUAGAUAUCACAAGGAAUUAUUCAGCUUUUCUACACCCAGUCCAUUCAUCCAUAAUAUCGCAUGAAGGACAGUCAUUCUUUACUCUUUCAUGGACAAAGUGGAUUUUACAACUCGAUCAAUAGACCCUUCUUCUCUCCGCACUGCACUUAAGCUGGUGUUUGUAUAGAGAACGGUGAUUUUGGGAAUACGAACAAAAGGUGUCUGUACCCACCUUUUUGACGAACUAAAGCCACACGAUUGAACUGGCGUGGGUUUUCGAAUAACUUGAAAGGAAGAUGAUAAAGUUUAUCACAAAAGUGGUCUGUUUUGUGGCGUGCGUACUCUCCAUCCGCUGUACACCGGCCCCCGAGACCCAGACAGUGUCCCAGGAUACCUGCGCUUCUUGCGGAAUCGGUCAGACGGAGGAGUCGAGGAGGAUGGACAUAGAUUUUUUGGAGGCAGUGAAAAGGCAUAUUCUGAACAGGUUACAGAUGCGGGAGCGACCCAACAUCACCCACCCCAUCCCGAAGGCGGCGAUGGUGACUGCGUUAAGGAAACUUCACGCGGGGAAAGUAAGGGAGGACGGGAGAGUGGAAAUCCCAAACCUUGAUGGACACGCGAGUUACCACAACGAGGUGGAGGAGGAAACUUCAGAGAUCAUCAGUUUCGCGGAAACAGAUGAGCUGGUGUCCUCCAAGUCGAGCCUCUUCUUCGUCAUCUCCAACGAGGGGAACCAGAACCUCUACGUGUCCCAGGCCAGCCUGUGGCUGUACUUCAAGCUGCUGCCCUCGACGUCGGAGAAGGGCCCGCGCCGCAAGGUGACGGUCAAGGUGUACUUCCAGGAGCCGGGCCUGAGCAGCAAGUGGAACCUGGUGGAGAAGCGCGUGGACCUCAAGCGCAGCGGCUGGCACACCUUCCCACUGACCGAGGCCGUGAAGCUGGUCUUCAGCAAGGGCGACCGGCGGCAGAACCUGGACAUCCGUUGCGAGGGAUGCGACGAGUCGGGCGUGAUCCCCUCGCUGGUCAACCCCGCCGACGAGUCGCACCGGCCCUUCCUGGUGGUCCAGGCUCGCCUGGCCGACAACAAGCACCGCAUCCGCAAGCGCGGCCUGGAGUGCGAUGGCACCAACAGCCUGUGCUGCCGGCAGCAGUUCUACAUCGACUUCCGGCUCAUCGGCUGGAACGACUGGAUCAUCGCCCCGUCCGGGUACUUCGGGAACUACUGCGAGGGCAACUGCCCGGCCUACAUGGCGGGGGUGCCGGGGUCGGCGUCCUCGUUCCACACGGCGGUGGUCAACCAGUACCGCAUGCGUGGCAUGAGCCCCGGCUCGAUGAACUCCUGCUGCAUCCCCACCAAACUCAGCACCAUGUCCAUGCUCUACUUCGACGACGAGUACAACAUCGUCAAGAGAGACGUCCCCAACAUGAUCGUGGAGGAGUGCGGCUGUGCUUGAGUCUUAUUUAAAACAACAAGCAGGAAAGAAAAAACGAGUAAAUACGAAGAAACACACAAAAAGAAACUGAGGGGGAGAGAGGGGGGAGGGGACUCACGUUGGACUUUUGUACACAGAAAAUAAUAUUGCAAGAAUAAUUAUAGUAACAAAGUAAUAUUUAUGAACAUUUUCUUGAACACCAGCACACACAGUUGACCGCGUUCAUGGGCACAACCACAGAUGCCACACAGAAAGACACACACACACACACACACACACACACGCACACACACACACGCACACACACACACACACACACACACACACACACUCAAAUGCAAACACACGUCAUGCACACAGUUAUACAAGCAUGCACAGAACAUUGUGUACAUAUUAUUUAUGUUUGUUAAUAUUCCUGGUAGAAGCAUUUAUCAGUUCUGCCAGCUUGUGAUUCAGUCAAGUUUUAUAAACAAAGGUUUGUAAAAUAACUUAGGUCACAAUGUUUAAAGGAUGCAGAAGAGAUGGUGAUUUAUGAGUUUGUAUCGUUAAUCUUUUUUUUUAUUCAAUAUUUGCCAUUUUGUCUUUUCUUGUAUUCAAAAAAUUGAGAAUUCUCACAUGCUCUGACAAAAGACACAAAAAGGAGCCUUAGACAACCAGUAAGGGAGUCUAUUUGGACUGCCAAAACCAACCCUGCCUCUCUCCAAAUAGUAUCUCUGAGAACCAGCCCAACACCUACGUGAAAGCACUGACCACAGCUACGUCCAACUAUACAGCACUUCUGAAAAGCAAUACUGAUGUAACUACACUUCCCGUCGUGAUAACAAUUACUUCUAGUAAAAAAAAAAAAAAACUCUUCUCUUACUCGCACAAUAGUCUUACUGUACUCACACUGUACAAAUUCUAUUUUUCUUUUCUUUUUUUUACCAGUGUGCAUGCUCUUUAAAACCAAAAGAUACCAGGAUCGCAAAGAACCAUCCUACCCCCCCCCCCCCCCCAGCUAGACAGACAGAGCAGUCAGAAGACACUGAUGGAGACACCCACACAGCAGGCAUGCUGGGAAGUUAGCUCAGGGGAGCAGGCGAGGUGCCUGUGGCCCCUGGAGUGUGCCCGCUACGAGCCACGUAGCGUAGCGUGGCGGUCCACUCUCGACCCUGCCCCUCACAGGGCUCGCACACAACUCAUCAGAACAUCAGCGAAACACAAAUCAGAAGUACUUCAACAAACAAACUAACACUAAAACAAAAAAAAAAUACAAAAAAUAAAUAAACUCACUCGUCUCAAGUUGCCAUACUACUUAGCUGGCUAUGGUGCAGCAUAGCACUUGUAGAGAAGUCUUAAAUGCACACUUUGAAGCACUUGCAGAUUAAAAUGCCUUUCAGGGGCAACCUCCGGCCCACCUGGCCUAGCUUUCACAAUCCCUUUGAAAAAAAGAUAAUUAAGUGCCGCAUGAGCUAUGCAAUGUAUAGUGUUGACCCAUACGAGACAAACGGAAAUUUUAAUCCUAGUCGUUAACUAUUAUCAAUACUUGAAAUGUACUCUUUCGCUUUCAUCUUUCAAAGCGAAUGCUUGUUACAAUGUUUGCACUGAAAAAGUUGCGUGAUUAGUAAUAAAAAAAAAAUGAAAAAAGAAAAAAAAGAAAAACUGCCAUUGAUAAAAAAGUUAUUUUUAUAGAAGCAAAUUGAAUUCUGUUCAAAUGUAUUAUACCUAAUCAAGGAACCAAAGAGGGGAAGAUUUUAGCUAUUAUAUAGCUAUUAUACGAUGGCCUGGCCAUCGCAUUAUUUUGUAAAAUACUUUGUGAUCAUGUAUGAGGCCUGAAUACUCGAUCAGGGUACUAUGUUAUGGAUUCCGUUUUCAGCUUUUUUGUUUUCUUCAUUUUUAUUUUUUAUUUUGUACAGUAGACAAAUGGAAUAUUUCAUAUUUUUUGUCAUCACUUUAAUAUUUUUCAGUUUUCUAUUUAAUAAAAGUUCUUUUAGUUCUUGUUCCAGAAUCAUUUUAGGAUCAAAUACAUGUCA